AUGGCUGUAUUUAUUAGUACCUUGUUUUUCACCAGCAGUCAUAUGUCUGGAAGCUGUAGUAAACUUUACCUGACAGCUUUACUUCAAGUAACAAUUUCACUUAGCAAAGUCGAACUCAGUGUGGGUGAAUCCAAGUUCUUCACAUGCACAGCCAUUGGUGAGCCUGAGAACAUAGAGUGGUACAACCCACAAGGAGAGAAGAUCAUUUCCAGUCAGAGGGUGGUUGUUCAGAAGGAAGGUGUCCGGUCACGUCUCACCAUUUAUAAUGCAAACAUAGAAGAUGCUGGAAUAUACCGGUGCCAAGCAACAGACGCUAAAGGACAAACUCAAGAAGCUACUGUAGUUCUGGAGAUUUAUCAAAAGCUCACUUUUCGGGACAUAGUAUCUCCACAAGAGUUCAGGCAGGGAGAAGAUGCAGAAGUUGUUUGCCGUGUUACAAGUUCACCUGCUCCCGUUGUCAGCUGGUUGUAUCGGAAUGAGGAAGUCACAACUAUUGCUGACAAUCGAUUUGCAGUAUUAGCAAACAAUAAUCUCCAAAUUCUUAACAUCAAUAAAAGUGAUGAAGGAGUAUAUAGAUGUGAAGGAAGAGUGGAAGCAAGAGGAGAAAUUGACUUUCGGGACAUAAUUGUUAUUGUGAAUGUUCCCCCUGCAAUCAUUCUGCUACAGAAAUCCUUCAAUGCCACUGCAGAUCGAGGAGAGGCAGUAACUUUGUUCUGCAGAGCCACUGGAUCGCCUCCACCUGAGAUCAGUUGGUACAGGAAUGGUAAACUUAUUGAGGAAAAUGAAAAAUAUGUCCUGAGAGGAAGCAAUACACAACUAACAAUAAGAGAUAUAAAAAAUAUUGAUGCAGGUCCUUAUAUCUGUAAUGCUAAAAACAAAGCAGGAAAUGACAAAAAACAGACAUUCCUUCAAGUUUUUGUGCAGCCUCAAAUAAUACAACUCAAAAAUGAAACCACAUUUGAGAAUGGGAAAGCAACGCUCAUCUGUGAAGCAGAAGGAGAACCUGUCCCAGAGAUUACUUGGAAAAGGGCCAUUGAUGGAAUGACUUUCUCUGAAGGUCACAAGAGCCCAGAUGGCCGUAUAGAAGUCAAAGGGCAGCAUGGAAAAUCGUCACUGCAUAUUAAAGAUGUGAAGUUGUCAGAUUCAGGGAGAUAUGACUGUGAAGCGGCAAGUAGAAUUGGUGGGCACCAAAAGAGCAUGUACCUUGAUAUUGAAUUUGCUCCAACAUUCGUGUCAAAUCAAACCAUGUAUUACUCUUGGGAAGGCAAUCCCAUCAAUAUAAGCUGUGAAGUGCUAGCAAAUCCGUCUGCCUCAGUUCAGUGGAAAAGAGGAAAAUUAGUUUUACCUGUAAAAAAUACAACUCAUUUGAAGACCUACAGUACAGGAAGAAAGCUGAUUCUAGAGAUUGCUCCCACAUCUGACAGUGAUUUUGGACGGUAUAAUUGUACAGCCACAAACAGAAUAGGAACAAGACAUCAGGAGUAUACACUUGGUCAAGCUGAUGUGCCAUCAAAUCCAUACGGAGUACGAGUUUUUGAGCUGUCACAAACCACUGCCAAGGUUUCGUUCAGUAAGCCAGAUUCACAUGGAGGUGUUCCCAUUCACCACUACCAAGUGGAUGUAAAAGAGGUGGCCUCAGAAACCUGGAAAAUAGUUCGCUCCCAUGGAGUUCAAACUAUGGUUUUUCUGAGCAAUUUGGAACCAAAUACAACAUAUGAAAUCAAAGUGGCUGCUGUAAAUGGGAAAGGACAAGGAGAGUACAGCAAAACUGAGAUCUUUCAGACCUUACCUGUCCGGGAGCCAAGCCCCCCUUCAAUUCAUGGACAACCAGAGAGUGGCAAGAGUUUUAAACUUAGCAUAACUAAACAAGAUGAUGGAGGUGCCCCCAUACUGGAAUAUAUUGUCAAAUACAGAAGUAAAGAUAAGGAAGACCAGUGGCUAGAGAAAAAAGUUCAGGGUAGUAGAGACCACAUCAUCUUAGAGCAUCUUCAGUGGACGAUGGGUUACGAAGUACAAAUUACAGCUGCCAACAGACUGGGUUAUUCUGAACCAACAUUGUAUGAAUUCAGCAUGCCACCAAAGCCCAACAUUAUUGCUGGUAAGUUAAUUUAAUUAUGUUUUCUCUCU